AUGUACAUUAUAUAUAUAUACACAACAUAUUAUAUACAUAUACAUACAUUCUUUCCGCAUUAUGUUAUUACUGUUAGAUUAAAAUAAAGGUACAUUUAUUGUAAGAAACACAAUGCAACUUUUUAAUUUAAUUAUGUCGCUUGUCAAAUUUAUUGAUUCUAAAAUUAUAGUGCACUUGCAGAAAACGAUUUUUGCGAUUGUUUGAAAGAAAAAAUUUGAAAAAUGCAUGUCAGAGCAAACUUCACACAGACGAAACGUCAAAUAAAUUAAUUUUCCUCAAUCAUUGAUAUUUGAUAUUUUUGCAAAAUUAACAAGUACUUGUGCAGUCAAAAUGGCAGUGAUACCGACGAUACCGUGUACGUACGAGUUUUCCAGAGGCAAUGGCACCGGUGUGGCAGAAGCAAUUGGAAAUUGGGGCUUCUCUAAUAGAGUAUGCAACGCCGGUCAGGAGUUGCGACGUUUAAAGUGUCUCUUUGCGGAAAUGGAUUCUUUACGUAGCAAAAAAGAACCGACGAUGUGCGUUAAGUAUGAUCCUAGAUACGAUCCUGAAGCAUGGUAUGUUAAACCUAGUCCUGAUGAAUGUAAACCUGCGUGGUCACUUCCUGAAAAAAGACCUUUGAUUACCUACUGCUCUACUCUCACGACUAUAAAGGUCUCUAAUUUACGUGAACACGGAUUGGAUUUACAACAUGUUGUACCUGGUCGCAGCUACGUUCAUCAAGGUACGGACAAAUGGUAUCGUCGAGGUCCAGAUUGUUGCUAUCAACCAAGCUGUUUAGCUCCGCAAUGUCCUAUACGAUAUUAUCAUGAAGACUGUCUUUAAAUUCACAAGAUAAUCGUUUUUAAUUGUAUUUGAUGAUAAUACCAAAUGUUUAUGUGUGAUUUGUCUAGUUUUAAAAUAUAAUAUCUAUGAUAUACAUA